GCUGGCCUGGUCGGGCUUGAAACGCACCAGCCGCCCUUGCCACCCGAGUGCGCGGCCAGCAUGCCCGCGAAGAUGCUAGAGAUGCUUGCGACGUUGGUCACCGAAGCCACCGUGGGCACAGGAGAGGCGUUCACUGUGUCGCAGCUGGCCGAGCUGCAAAAGGCUGUCGGGAUGAAGCCCCACGAGUCUGGCAAGACCGACUACGCGAACAGCUUGUCGGCGCUGAUCGACGCCAAGUGGGGCCAGCUGGACUCGAAAGAACAGACCGACAAGGUCGAGCAACUCAAGUCCCGGGGGCGGAGGCACGACGUGGACUUGAACGAGGAGCAGAUCAAGGGUCUGACGAACGCCAGGGCCGCAAUGAUUGAGCCAGCGUUCAAGAAGAUCGGCCGCAUCGACUCAGACGAGACAUCGAACCUGAUUGACAUGAUGUUGGACUGGGCGUCCAAACUGACACCGGUAUUACCCAAUGGAGACAAUAAGAAGUUAUUCAGCAAGCAGGGCAGCAUAUACAAGACGACAAAGGUUGCGAUGACAGCACUCACAGAGUUCAAGAAGUUGGGCGACGUGCACAAGUGUACCGAGGAUGACAAGGAUAUGGCGAAGAGUCAGCGCCUCCUCCGCCCGGCCGAGUCCCUGAGCAAACGCAUCGAGCAGGUGAAAGGUUGUGGUUUCGAUUGGUCAGAGGAUCGUCUCAUUGAGAACCUGGGCGAGGGGCUGACCCAGCUCGUCCCUGAGAGCGGAUCGAAGAGGGUGGAGCUGCUGAGGUCGAGCCAGACAACGAAGCAGAUCGGAUAUAUUUUCAUGGAAUACAUGCCCGAGUACAAGGGCGCGCACGAGGUGAACCGCGCCGAGAUCAUCACCGAGUGCCAGAUGACGGUGGCCGCUCGCCACAUCACGAGAGCGAUCACCACGGUCAACGACAAGGUCUUGCUGCGCACGACCAUCAGGGACGUCGCCCAGACCUACAUGAUGAACCGCGAGCUGAAGGUGGCAGCGCCCCCCACCAUCAUGAGGAACGCCAUCUCCCAGGGCCUCAAGCAACAGCGCAUCAUCGGCUAG